AUGGCCAACAUGAAUACCACCUUUGUACUUCUUCUUAAUCUUCUUUACCUUCUUUUGAUAACCGAAUCUAUUUCACUGGAAGCUGUACCAUCCAAUUCUAUUGCUGUAAAUGCCAACGUGCGUUGCAUUGAGAUAGAGAGAGUAGCCCUUCAAAAAUUCAGAAAAGGUCUUAAGGAUCCAUUCAAUAGGCUUUCUUCUUGGGUGGGUCAAGAUUGUUGCAAUUGGGAAGGCAUAGGUUGUAGCAAUCAAACGAGCAACGUAGUAAAGCUUGAUCUUGGAAGCUCAAAUCUAUGUGAUUUUGAAGGAGGAAGCCAAUAUACUCCUGAUCAGCCUAAUUGUUUGAGUGGUAAGUUAGAUCCUUCUUUACAAAAUCUGAAAUAUUUGAGUUACUUAAACCUAAGCAACAUCAAUUUCCAAGGAUUAUCAUUCCCAUAUUUCCUUGGCUCUCUCAAGAAGCUGACAUUCCUUGACCUUUCCUUUACAAUGUUUUCUGGAGUAGUGUCUCCCAGUCUUGGAAAUUUAACAAAUUUGAGCUAUCUUAAUCUCAUUCCAUCUCAACUUUCUGAAAGAACUCUUUCGGUUUCAAAUAUAUAUUGGCUCACCAAUCUCUCUUCCUUACAAUACUUGAAUUUGCAAAACAUAGACCUUAGCAAAGCUGAAACUCAUUGGCUGCAAGUUGUUAAUAUGCUUCCUUCACUAUCAGAGUUGUAUUUGUCAAGUUGUGGUCUUCAUCAUCUCCCUCAAACUCUUCCAUUUGUGAAUUUAACGUCCCUUUCGGUCCUUGAUCUCUCAAAUAAUGGCUUCAACUCUUCUUCUAUUCCCCCAUGGUUGUUUAAUCUUACUGCCCUCAUUAAUCUCAGGAUCAAUUUAUGUGACCUAAAAGGCCCCAUCCCUAACAUAGCAAGGGCUAGCCUAUGCAAUUUGAAGAAUUUAGAUAUGCCGUUCAAUUUUUUUAUCGGUGGCCCAAUAACUGAAUUUAUCCAAGCAUUAUCCGGAUGUGACAACCAUAGACUAGAACAAUUAAAUUUGGGAUCAAACCAACUUAGUGGUGUUUUGCCUCAUUCCUUGGGGUAUUUUACACAUUUAAGAGAGCUCCAUCUCACCAACAACUCAUUCUCAGGCCCAAUUCCAUCAAGUAUACAACAUUUAUCACGUUUGGAGAUACUAGAGCUCUCUUACAACUUGAUGAAUGGAACCAUCCCAGAAUUUAUUGGACAACUUACUGAGUUGAGCACUUUGGAUCUCUUCAGUAAUUCUUGGGAUGGUACCGUGACUGAAACUCAUUUCCUAAAUCUCAAAAAACUAACUUGGUUUUCCUUGUCAUCAACUAGGAAAUCCUUAGUUCUCAAUGUGACACAUGAUUGGACUCCCCCAUUUAGUCUCCAAAAUGUCCUAAUCAAAGACUGCCAAUUGGGUCCUGCAUUCCCGGCAUGGCUCAAAACUCAGAAGAAUCUUCUUGAGAUCUCCCUUGUAAACUCUUCAAUUUCAGCUAAAAUACCAAAUUGGUUGUGGAAUUUGUCUUCGUUGCCUUUGAAAUUAGAUCUUUCUCAUAACCAAUUGAGGGGAGACCUUCCUAAGUCAUUAUCUUUUGAGUGGGUAGAUCUAAGUUACAAUAAUUUAACUGGUUCACUCCCACUAUGGCCUAGUGUGUCAUAUCUCUCAUUAAGGAAAAACCUUCUUUCUGGACCAUUACCAGUAAACAUCUUCCAACGUAUGAAAAAAUUGGUCACCCUAGAUCUUGCAGGGAACUUUCUAAAUGGUAGUAUCCCCUCAUUGACCAUUGGGCCGACGGGUUUGUGGUUUGUUGAUUUAUAG